AUGGAGAAUAACCACACCUUCCUGUACUUUGCAUAUGGCAGCAACCUACUGAAGGAGCGGCUCCAGCUCAAGAACCCCUCUGCGACAGUACACUGUGUGGCCAGGUUAAAGGACUAUAAAUUGGUGUUUGGGAACCAUAAAGGCCUUGCCAGUGACCGGUGGCAUGGAGGUGUGGCCACAAUAGAGCACAGUCCAGGGGACGAGGUGUGGGGUGUGGUGUGGAGGAUGAACAUGUCUGAUCUAGAGUCUCUAGACAGUCAAGAGAAUGUGACAUUAGGUGCAUACAGUCCUGUGGAGCUAUCAGUGAAGACAAAAGGCCAGGAGCUCAACUGUCGUACGUACAUAAUGAACAGCUGUGUGUAUGCCCCACCAUCACCACAGUACCUACAGGUGAUUGUGAUGGGAGCAGAGCAAAACGGCUUGCCAAAGGACUACCAGGAGAAGUUGAGAGCAAUCAAGACCAACAUGUAUGAGGGCCCUCUACCUAUGAUGGCUGAGCUGGAGCGAGCCAGAAGAGCCAAAGAGAGGGACAACCACCAUUCUGAUGCCUGAUGAUUAAGCAGAAUCUAGGUCCAUUUUUCACGGAACCUCUGGGGUUACAACACAGCCUGAGGACUGCCAGCCAAGAUGUUGUGCCCACAAUGUCCCCAUGUUCUUCAUUCAUCU